AGUCUCCCUACUGCUCUAGCACACAACUGUAUCCUAAGAAAGCUGCAGUGUGGCGAUCUCUGCAGGGAACAGGCAGUGCACAGCUCGAGAGUGCAGCUGUAACAAACCCAAGGCAGACGUGGCUGGGAUCACUAAAACAAGGAAUGAGCCAUCCUCUGAAACUCGAUGUUGACGUGGGGCAUAUGCGAACCAGCAUUUCCAGCAGCACUCCAGAAUACUUGAAGGAAGCUCUAGGAAUGAAGAAACCAAAACAUUCUCGUUCUUCUAGUAAUGGCUACAUUCCUGGAACUCCUGACUACAAAGAAAAAGAAGAUAUGUAUGAUGAAAUUAUAGAACUGAAAAAGACAAUACAAGCUCAGAAAACUGAGGGAGAUCGAAUGAAAACGAAGCUCCGUCGGCUCGAAGAAGAGAACAACAGAAAGGAUAAACAAAUUGAACAACUGUUGGAUCCUUCCAGGGGUUCUGAGCUGGCACGAGCUUUGUUGGAAAAGAAGACUGAUAAUGGAUGG